AUGGCGGACGCGGCGCGGCCGCAAGCACGGGGCGGGGAGGCCUUGGCGCGCCGGAUGGUCCGGGCUGGGCCCCCGUUGGAGUACCUGGACGGCGCCGACGCCUACUGGGUGUGGGUCCAGCACCACCGGCCCCCGGUGGACGCCCUCUAUGCGUUCCUCUUCCUAGUGGGGUACUACGCCAUUUUUAUACACAGGCCGCCGGACCUGGCCCUGUACGGCUGCCAGCCGCGGCGCCUGGCGCUGGGGGAGCCGGCAUCCACGGCAGUCCCGGCGCCAAGGUUCUUGUGGUUCCUGCGUGCCCUGCUGGUGGCCCUGCACGGCGUGCCGCUGGGUGCGUACCUGGCCAAGCGCGUGCUGGAGAACCCCCGGUGGCACAGGGCGUACGUCAGACGGUUUCGUGAGAAUGUCUUCGUGGCAAUUCGCGUCCUGCCCAUCAUGACGGCCUUCCUCAGCGGCAACGUGGGCAAGUGCCAGGAGGGCAGCGAGGCCGGCUGCCCCUGCCCGCCGCCGCACCUGUCGUGGAUGUGCACCUUCGUGCUGUACACCUGCUCCUACCAGGUGGCCAAGAGGUGGCAGGUGGGGCUGCAGUUCGUCAGCGCUGUGUGCCUGUCGAUGAUGCCCAGCUACCGGUGGGACAUGGUGGAGAGGACGAAGCUGUUUGUGUGCGUGUGGGCCGUGCCCAGCAUCUGCGCGUGCUUCCUGGAGAAGUGGGUGAUCAAGGAGCACCAGGAGCGCGCCAGGCGGCGAAAGCUGGACCCGGCGUACCGCGACCAGCCGGGGGCCUCCGAAUCGCCCAGGGCGCGCGCCAGGACGGUCAAGGCCGGUCCUUCGAAGGAGGGCGCCGACGAUCCGCUCAAGGUGGACAUAUCCGGAGUGCUGGGGUCGGUGCUGCGGACCGAGCGCACCGGGACGUUCCUCAACUACACGCCCAUGGUGACGGUGCAGACCAAGAUGAUAAAGGUCAGGAAUGAAGGCGAGGUGACGGACGAGCAGAUGGUGCGAAUGGCCCGGACGUUCUCCAACAACCAUGCAAGCAGGUUGCGAAGGGGCCGGUGCACAGUGGUGAAGGCAGUGGCGAUGCGCGGCUGCCUCCUCUUUGUUGCAGAGGUCUUGGAGCCCCUGGAUGGACAGUGUGCUGAGGUUUGCUGCCAUGCAAAUAAGCAAGACUCGAAGGACCUGCUGAAGUGCCUUCCUAAAGAGCUGCACCACGAGCCGAUGGACGUUGUCAUGGGUGACAUGAGGGCCACUUAUGCCGAUGGCAAACUGGUGACUUUCGAUGCACAGAACCGCACAGGCCAGGACCUGGAGGUGCCAGAGGUGCUGCUGCUGAAGCCACCGUGUGUGAGGGAAGGCACAGAGUCCGACAAGGGGCUGGAGGUGUUCAUGUCAGAGGUGAAGGGCGACUGGGAUUCCCUUAAGCUUGUUAUGGUCUACAAGGACAGUGUGAAGAAACAGGUGGACGUACCCCGAGGCAACAAAACCAGGCUUGAAUUUGCAAGUGAAGAGGGGGUGGGCGCAGGCUAUUUGCACACCAUUGGUGUGGAAGGAGAUCUUGGCACAUUCAUUGGUGGCCUGGCGCCAUUCUUGAUCCUUCCGGAGACUGCUGCGGCCGAGCUCAACUUGGCAUUCCACAAUACGGUUAAGUGCCUCUGGGACAGGACCUCUGCCUUCAAGUCUGUGGGGCACUCUCAGUUUUCAGCACCAGAUUGCAUCCCUGAGGAAGUUGAGAGCAAGGCAUGGAGCCAGUUCUUCAAACCGUUUGCUCUCGACAUGCAUUUUCUGCUCACUCCCGAUGCUGAAGAGCUGUUCGAGAUCAUGCAGAAGGAAGGCCCUGAGAGGGACAAUUACCUGGAGGUCUUCCUGCACGUGGCUUCCUUCCUGGAGGGCUCCUCUGCAGUGGGAACUGAACAGUAUCUGCUCAAGAGGUUCAAGGACGCUGGUGUGGAGCUCACAAACCAGGGAACCCAGGUAUCAACGGGAAACAUCUUUCCCAAGGUGCCGGAGUCAUACUCGUUUACUCUUAUCCGUGGCUUCAUUGACCCCAAUGUGGAGUCGAAGUACAGAUACCAGUUCAGCAGACGACUGGUGCUCAUGGACUUGGCAGGCAUGGUGAUGGGGCUCUGCCUCCUUCCUGUGGUGUCCAUCAUCGGCGAGGCUGGCAAGUGCUCUUACAUGUGCCCCCUUGUCAUGCACCUGCGACUGUCCCUCAUAUGCUGGGUAGUGUCCCAGAGCACAUACAUUACCAACAGGGAGCCCAUUGUGACGCUGAGCUGGCUGGUGAGGACAGUGGCAUGGCUUGGAUGGGUGAUCAAGGCAAAGGAUGUAGUGGGAGCGCCGCUGCACCCAUGGACCACUUUUGUCUUCCUUGUGUGGACAGUUCUUGUGAAGACAGUAGUUUUGAAGGUCCCAUUUUCGAUGCACUUGGCAUUGAGCACCUUAGACACCGUUGUCAGCAUCGCCGGUAUCGUUCUGAGCACUUGGUGCAAGGGGUGGUUGAUAAUGGUGCAGGGUCCCAUAGUGCUGAUUACUGGGUACAUCUUGUCCUUGAUGGUAUCCUACUACCAAGAAGUGUCUGACCGGAGAGCGUUCCGGUUGCAGAAAGGUUGA